AAUGAGCAGUAGUGUUAAUAGUUCGGCUGGUAGCGGCAGCAUUGUAGAGGGCGGAUACACUGCGUGUAAGUUUCAUCUUAGCACUUUCGACUGUGUGCCCAAACUGAAGUCAGUCACAAGCAGGACACACGAUGUGCACAUACAGGCGGAGGAGUUGGAGGCAAUUCAGAUUGCAUUGGAGGAUCAGUUGUCAUGGGUGACACGACGGAGCCUUUGUCUGGGCAGCAAUCUGGAAGUCCUCAACAACGGUUCUUCCGCCCAGCCAGUGCAGCUGAACUCUAACUCAAUCUUCCCAUAUCUAGCGCAGAGUCCCUCCACCAGUGCCGCAUGUGCUCUGAGGAACAACAACCCCAUCCAGAACUUAACUGGAGGAGGCGGCAUGUCUCCUUUUAAAUUGGAUGUCACUACACACGCUAUCAAUAGUCCAUCAAGUACGCACUGUUCUCCCAGCAGAGGAGGUUCCAACAGGAAGGAGUCUGCCAGCGUAGUGUCUGCUAGUUCAAGUGGUGCCCACUUCUCUUCCAUCAGUCCAGUGGAGAGUCUUACCAAGGCCAAGUCAGAGACUCCCGCGCACUUCUGGAAGUACCUAGAUGCCACAUACUGUGCCAACAUCACAUCAGACAAUGUGCAAAAAUACCUUGUGGCGCUGGCCAAAACAUACGACGACGAAGCAAUAGCCCCACUAUUUGAAGUACCUGAACUGGGCUGCGAAGCUAAAUUUAGCGACUCAGGGAGUAACUCAGAACACAGCAAUAACAACGACGAAAGCUACAGUGGAGCUGCAGUGACUAAUGGUGCCCACUGUUACGGAGGCAGUGAGAAUGGAAUCCCCUAUAAAAGGAGUAAGUUGACUCCUUUGGCUGGGAAAAGAUCUGCAAAGGAUAACGCAGACACGCCAAAUGGAAAAGGAACGAGAAGAAAUGGAAAGCAGUGCGGUGAAGAUGCAUCUCGAUACAGUGAAAAUAUCUGUGCAAUUGGUCCCCUGACCCAGUUGAUUAUAUCCUCCCUUGUCAAAGCCUCAAACGAAUCAACUGCAGAAGAUCAUAAUAAUCUAGUGUCAAAGAAGUCCUCAGAUGGUAAAGCGCAGUCGUCGGAGAGCGAAGAGGGCGAUUAUAAACUGUUCGACUGGCAGAAAAGCAGACAAGAUUGCAGAAUGGAGAAUGAGUUAAGGAAGGAGUUGAUGAAAAUUGGGUUUUUGGAAGAUUCCGAGGAACACGGACCCGACCCAGAACUGAAAGAAGAACCAAGUAGCUACUCCAGUGACAAGCUCCUGCCCACAAUGAAAGUGGCGUGCGCUGAUGAAGUUCUAAGUGCUCUGAGGUCCAAACAGUGUAGGUUGGAUUUGCUGAUUGAUGCUAAUAAAGGUCAUCUCUACAACUUGUACCAGAAGAGUCAGGCGAGAAUACAAAAGCAAGAGCUGGAGGCAAAAGCAGAUUCUUUGGAUGCAAAGCUGAAAGACCAAUAUGCGAAGAUUUUAACUUGCAAAGCUAACAAAAAGAUGCUCUCGAAAAAAGACCACGACUACACGAAAAAGCUACUGGCUGAAUGGAAGCAAACGUAUUCUAGUCUGGAGCUUCUCUAAUUUUUGGAAUUGGAAGACUCAAUACAUCAAAUAUUAUUCCCAUUCUUUCCAUAAUUUAUUCUAGUUUAUCAAUAACGAAUUUUUACUCGCUGGUGUUUGUUGAGUUACUUACAUCGAUACACAAUGAAUUCAUCAUUGCUAGCUUUUACAAACAUCAUUGUUAGCUUUUACAAUCUUCAUUGUUAGCUUUUACAAUUAUCAUUGUUAGCUUUUGCAAUCAUCAUUGUUAGCUUUUACAAUCAUCAUUGUUAGCUUUUACAAUCGUCAUUUCAUUUUUUGUGAUAUAUUAAUAAUUGAAAUAGUGUAAAUUAAAUGUUAAAAAGGCUAUAGAUUGCAACAUACCAUGUCCAGACUGCAGGUUUUACGACACUGACUAGAAAUUCCAGACCUCGACCUGGAAACCUUAAACCCACGAGGGAAACGCGUAUGUGAAAUAUAUUUCCCCAACAUUACCAUUUUUUUUACUAAUUCUUUCAGCUCAUAUGGCAACU